AUGUAUGAUCGUGCCCCAUCGUUUGUUGGUUGGCGCAAAGAAAAUUAUUUUGGCUUCAUAGUUUACAACAAGCGGUCGCCUAAUUACCAAGAAAUUAUGAAGGUGUGCCCUCACCACGGAGUCGUUGCCCGCUUGGCUGAACGCGGCGAGUCCACGGCAGCUAUGCCAAGGAAGCUACAUACGCCUUCUAGGACGGUCCAGAAAACUAUCAAACAAUGGAAAGAAAAAGGAAAUGUUGCUCUAAAGCCGAAAACUAAUCGUCCACGAACGGUACGACAAGGUCAGCCUGAACGGCAUCGCGAAAAGCCUGAACAUAGCACGUUCGUCGGUCCAAGUAUUAUGAAAGAUGAAUUGGGACUUCGCAGCCACCAAAUGCUCACUGGACACCAACUGACCAGUGCAGGAGAAGCGAGUCGUUUGGAAAAAUGCAGGAAACUGUUGGAAUUUUUUGAGGUGCGCCGCCUUGAGGAUGUCCUGCUUACGGAUGAGGAAAUGUUUGCCACUGAAGGGUGUUGGAAUCCUCAGAAUGACCGUCAGCUCUUCAGUCCGAAGGUUAAAAAGUCACGAAAGCGGAAAAUUACCAAAAAGUCACUUUUCCUCCCAGUCAGAUGGUCUGGGCAGAAAUCUCAGCAAAUUGGAAGACGCCGCUUGUUUUCAUGCCGAAAAAUGUCAACAUCAACGCCACUUUGUACCAAAAUGAAGUUUCAGAAAAGCCCUUUCGUGGAAAAGAAAUCAUCCACAAAUGAUAUUCCAGCAAGACUGGGCACCGGAGCGUUUAGCGAUUUCGACACUAAGGUGUUUUUCAGCUAA